AUGGCCCCAGCAAUUCUCAUCGUCGGCGCGACAGGAAACACUGGUCGAGGUGUGACGGAAGCCCUUCCCGAGUUGCUGAAAGCGAGCAAGGCCCUUUCCGACCAUCGAGUCCUCGCCCUUACUAGAUCAGCCGACAGCUCUACGGCUCAGAACCUCGCCAAAAUUCCUGGCGUUACCGUCAUUGAGCAAAAUUGGACCGAGAUUACCGCCGACUGGUUGCGCGAGCAUCAGGUCGUACGUGCCUUCAUCGCACCCCACCUCGCACCAAACCAGUUUGCCGAAGAGUCGGCCUUUCACGUCGCCGCACUGAAUGCUGGUGUCGAAUACGUUGUGCGUAUCUCGACUACAGCGGCGGCUGUUCGUCCGGAUUUCGGCUCAUACUAUCCGCGCGCCCAUUGGGCUAUUGAGGCCAUGCUUGGCUCCGCCGAGUUCGGCGCUUUGAAGUGGACUUCCCUUCAGCCGAAUGCAUUUUUAGAUGGCUAUCUUGCUCCGGCUGCUCAGUACAUUAAACGGUACAAGGAAACUGGCGAGCUGGGCACUCUGAGUCUGAUGGCGGCGAAGGACGCACCCGUUGCACCCAAUGACCCGGUUGAGGUUGGCGUCUUCGCAGCCCGGCUUCUGGCUUUAGAUGAUCCGAGCCCUCACAGCGGAGCAAAGUAUGUUUUGAACGGCCCCGAAGACAUCACCGGAGAACAGAUUGUCAAACUGGUGGAGAAACACAUUGGCACAGAGGUGAAGGAUGUGGUUUAUCAAGACCUGAGCUUCAUCGAGGCGUUUGUAGCCAGUGGCUUUGGAGGACCGGGACAGUCCAAGACUGUCUUGAGAUCUAUGCGGUAUGGAUUGAUGACAAUGUGGAAAGGGGUGUGUGUUACUGCCACGACGAGCAAGGAGGUUAAAGAAAUUGGUGGACCGAAGCGGACUCCUGCAGAGAUGCUGAAUCGCUUGUUGGAGGGGUAG